GUCGAAUUUAGAAUAGAGCAAAGGCGCAAGCGUGACACGUUUACGUCCUACUGAUAAUAAUUAUAUCUCGGGAGAAUAAUUAUACGUGGGAAAAACGAUACUAGAAUUUAAUCUGUCGACGUUAAAUUUACGAUUUUUUUUAAACAUCAGAAAAUAUAUAGCUCCGAGAAAAGGAGUCCGGCGCAUCGUUCAUUUUUCGAAUGUCUUCCCACAUUGACUGACGCACCACCAUCGAAUUGCCGCGCUUUCAUUUCUAUCUUUUUAAACUAUAUAUUUCAAAAUGGGCGGCAACAAUACUGGAAGGAGCAUCUUCACUUACGAUACUCUGGUACACGCGUUGUCAGGCGCGGCUGGUAGCGUUAUCGCUAUGGCAACCUUUUUCCCGCUGGACACCGUACGAAGUCGAUUGCAACUGGAGGAAAAUAGAGAAGCAAAGAAUACACUAGCGAUGAUACGUGAGCUAACUUCGAAAGAAGGACCGCAUACUUUGUACCGAGGAAUGGUACCCGUUCUUCAAAGCCUUUGUGCCAGUAAUUUUGUUUAUUUCUACACGUUUCACGGUUUGAAGAUGUUGAGAAGUAGAAGAAAUCAAACAGCCAGGAAUGAUCUUUUGGUAGCAUCAAUCGCAGGUGUGAUCAACGUCCUGACAACGACACCCCUUUGGGUAGUUAAUACAAGAUUGAAAAUGAAAGGGAUCGGUAGUGUCGCUGAAAAAAACAAUAAUGAUUAUAACACAUUGUACGAUGGUCUUUUGCAUAUAUGGAAGUAUGAAGGAUUAGAAAAAUUAUGGGCAGGUACGUUUCCCAGUCUGCUUCUCGUUGCGAAUCCAGCUAUUCAAUUCAUGACAUACGAGAGUAUAAAGAGGAAAAUCGAUGCGUCCUCUUCUGACAUUCAACCACCAGCUUGGGUCUUUUUCACUAUUGGUGCGAUCGCGAAAACGGUCGCCACGACGUUAACUUAUCCUUUACAAUUAAUACAAACGAAACUGAGGCACGGGCACAAGUAUCCUGACUUGCCACCGAAUGCUGGAACUAUCCAAAUUCUUUUUUAUAUUUUAAAAAAACAAGGCAUACUUGGAUUGUACAAGGGGAUGGAAGCAAAACUUUUGCAGACCGUCUUAACUGCCGCAUUGAUGUUUCUGACUUACGAGAAAAUAUCAAGAUUUGUAUUUCGUAUUCUCCUUCAUAGACCUGGUGUCAGAUAACGAUACGAUUAUGUGUUUAGAGGAUGUAUUUAAGCAUAAAUCGGUUAUCAGAAUUUAAAUAAAUAUAUAUAUAUAUAUAUAUAUUAAUGCGA